GGACCAUCGCAUCGAGUUCCGACCGAAUCCUCAUCCAUCCAAGGGUCCGUUGCCUGCCGGGAGCCCGCCUGCCCCCCCUUCCCUCCAGUGUCCACCCAAAAUCCUCUUACACACGUGUUGUUGAGCGCGUGUAAGUAUGGUACCUACCACAGCUUUUGCCCAUUUCUAUCUACAGAGUACUUUUAUUAUCCGUACCUGGGUGUCAUUCCCAAAUUUCAUCCAUAGUCCGCCCGUAACACAAUAAUUCAUCCCUGGCCCCACGCCCGGCCUGCCCAGGAAGAAGAAAAAAGGCAGCGGGCACCCUGUCACGUCCCGGGCACUCCUGUUACGCUACGUCCCUGGGAUCUUGCAGAUUAAAUCGACACUUGAUCACACACAGGCACAUGUGCGCUGCGCACACCACACACGCACCCACACACACACACACAGGCACACUAGAGGCUCACAACUCCCGGGGCGGGACGGACAGAGGAAGCCACAGACAGACAGUGCAGGGACAGGCCGACAGGGACGGACGGCCUUGUGAAACCACACCCCUAUGGUCCUUGGGACCAGAGACACUGUACAUACAUACGGAUAGAUAGCUACAGGAGAGGUACAAGUAGGGCAGGUAGGUGAGGAAGGGAAAAGGGUGCAUGUGAAAAUAGUAAUAGGUGGAAGGGUCCGAAGGAAAGAAGACAGGGGUACUGUAGACUACCAAGGCGUGGGAGCCGGGGUUGGAGGAGAGUUACAACGAGGAGGUACAAGCGAGAAGGGAAGGAGGCGCGCCACCGCGUGUGCACACACACACGCAUGCAGGGUGGUUGGCGGCGGACCAGGAGACUGACUUGACUGGUGUGAGAAAUAAGAACCGCCCACCCUUACAUACGACCACCCGGGCACCUUUCUGGACCUGUACACUCGCGGUGGGAACUGUUGCUCUUACACCUCUUGCAUCCGCGUCUUGCCGGCUGGAUCCCCAUCGAGCUUGACUGAUAUCAUUACAUUGGACCGACCUCACCUCACCUCACCUCACCUGCUUUCGACUUUCACGUCUACUGCUCUCUCUCAUCUUUCACCCUGCCCCACGUCUUGGGAGUUGGUUCCGUGCAGCCUGGUUAUUAGUUGCUGGAUAUCCGCCGUGUGGUCUCGCAGUGAUCCCAAGCUGUCGGCACGCUGCUGGUCCGAGCUGGGGGUGGCGGGCAAGAAAUCGAGAAGCCAACCAAAAAAGAGACUGGACUCGGCCAUUGGUGAGACGAGACGAGCAAAAGAGCCGCGGCAUUACCCCCCAGAACGGGAAUAACGGAGGGGAGAACAGAAGAAGAAGCAGAAAAAAAAGGACGGACCGGGAAGGAGAAGAAGAAGGGGGCGUGGGAAGAUUCUCAGAAGAAGAAGAAAGGAAAGAGAGAACCAACCCAGUCGAGAACAAGUAACAACAAAGACGCAAAAGAACGCUGCAGCAAGCAGCCAAGGCGAGAACAAGGAAAGGCGGACAGGAGGGUGGAAACCCCAUCAAUCAAACCCGGGAACCUAAACCGAAGCAACAAGCAGCAGCAGCAGCAGCAGCAGCAAGACGACGACGCUCGGGGACAAAUUACUACCAGACAAAAAAACAACAACAACACCACCACCACCAACAACCCGCCAACAGAAGGAGGCGAACCAGAUAUCUGGGACCUACCAAGCUUUUUCUGCCCGCCCUAUUCUGGAUUCUCGAGGUCACCUUUUGCCCCUUCUGGACCCCGGCUUCCUUUUUCGUGGUCUCUUGUUCCCCAGCGAACCGAGCGAAAGAAGCAACAUUUGAAGCUGCACGUAUUCGGAAGCGUGUUGUUGGUGAGACUGAGACAGGGAGAUAUCGCCAUCUUGAUCAAUUCCUCUCCACCCUGACAAUUAAUUCCUCGGGGCAGGACAAGGACCACCAAACAAGGCCCACCAGCAGGACGACUGCAGCUGGUCGGCAGUUGCUAUCACGGUGGUAUCGAUCCUGAUUACGAUCUGGCAGGGUGUAAAGUGGGUCAAGAACAGCCGGCUUAUUGUUGCCUGAUUGGGCCGCAUAUUCGACCCUUGAUUCUGUGUGCAGGCUGAAGCGUCGCUACGUACAGAUUACUCGUCGAGCAGCGAGGCUGUCCUGUCAGUCAGAGUCGUCUUUGUCUGGUUGGCGUGUCCUGUUGGCCGGAUCGAUCAUCAAUCACAUCAUAUUCGAAUCAAGCAAAGCACCCACCCAAAAGGAGCCCCUUGACUCGGUUCGGUUAUCCGCCUGAUCCGACCGGCCGUUAUCAGUUUCCGCCUGGGCCUGGGGGGCAUGCGAUAAGGUGGAAGGGAAGGAAGGAAGGGCCAUUGAUUGACCCCUCAUCCAGACCUGGCCUGCUGCGGCUAGACUGGCUAUCAGAGGCAAAGCGGUGCCCACUCUCACCGCCUGGAGCCACACACCACACACCUAGAGCAGGCAGAGCAGGGCCCGCCCACAAUGCUUUCGAGCGCGGGGCACCCGCCUAUCAUGUCGGCACCACACCAGCAGCACCAGCACCAGCACCACUACCAAAACGGUCAUGGUCAUGGUCCUGCCCACGGUUAUGGCCAAAACGCUCACAGCCUGUCGCUGCACCACCAACACAGUCACAACCAGAGUCACAACCACAACCACCACAACCCCCCGUCCAGCCCUGCCACGAGCAACAGCAACCUCCUCCACCACGGCCAGCAACUGAGGCCGUCGCCGCUGUCGUCCCGGGACAACCUGCCGCGGGACCUGCAGCACGUCAACGCGGUGCAGGCGGUCAACACGCACUACUCGUGCCCCAACCCCCCGCCGCCGGCGCACUCGCACUCGCCCUACUCGCCGUCGAGCUCGAGCCUCCCCACCAGCAGCAACAACAACAGCCUCAGCAGCCUGAGCCUCAACCUGAACCUCGUCUCCAACUCGAGCUCCUCCAACGACCUGACCACCCCGAGCGCCGCGGCCACCCCGACCCACCCGACCUCCAACAACAACACCCACAAGAAUCACAACCACAAGCAGGGCCACCAGUCGUCACCACCAAACAGCCUCUCCCUGGCCCACCACGCACACCAGCAACACACGGCCAGCCACCACCACUCGUACUCGCUCUCGCACCCUCCUCCCCCCCACUCCCAGCAGCACAGGCUGAGGCGCGUGCCCAACCUGCCCGAGCACCAGCACCAGCACCGCCGGUCGGGGAGCCUCACCACCAUCACAAGCUCCCUCCCGAACAACCCCUCCUCGCAUGCCUCGAACCCCUCGAACCCCUCGAACCCAACCGCCAUGCCCUCGAUAAACGCCAUCGCCGCCGGCCCCGGCCCCUCCCGCGGCCCUGCUGGUGGCCCUGGCCCAGGCGGGGGCCCCAAUGGUGGUGGUGCUGCUGGUGGUUCUGGUGGUGGUGGUUCUGCCGCCGCUGCUGGUGGUGGUGGCUCACAGGCUCACUUUGAUGGCCCCAGGAGUCCUCCAAACACGUCCCACGUGCCCUGCAAAUUCUUCCGACAGGGUGCCUGUCAAGCAGGCGCCGCCUGCCCUUUCAGCCACGACCUGGGCGCAUCCGCCGAGAAUGUCUGCAAGUACUUUGCCAAGGGAAACUGCAAAUUCGGCCCAAAGUGCGCAAACAUCCACGUCCUCCCCGACGGGAGGCGUGUCAACUACGGCAAGAAUGGCGUCACCGUCACCCCGCUCAACUUCGGCAGCCGCCUCAACCCUCUCGCCUACGGCCACCAGGCCUCCAACUCGGCCCUGACCACCUCCUUCAUGCGCGCCGAGGCCGCCCCUCCCUACACCACCUACGCCGCCGCCACCUCGGACGACCGCUAUGGCCUGGGGAGGCAGGCCAGCAUGGAGAACGGCCUGCCCACCAUCGACACCCAGUACAGCGGCCCCGCCUCCCCCUACGGCUCCCCACACGCCGCCGAGGAUGCCAUCCGCACCGGCUUCGGCCUGUCCCCCAUCGCCGCCAACAAGGGCCUCUCCGUCCUCGACGCCCCCCUGCCUGCCUCCUUCGACAGCAACGGCAUCUCCCACGCCGCUCGCUACGGCCCCUGGCCCGCCUCCGUCCCUAACAAGUUCGGCCUCGAGUCCCCGACCCCGUCCCUCAGCAACGCCAAGGACAGCCGCACCUCCGAGACCCUGAAGAUGCUGCACACCUCUGCUUUUGGGUCCAACGAGCACCUGUCGCCCAGCCACCUCGGCGGCGACGUCGACGCCAUGGGCAGCAGCCCGCCCAUGCAGCCCAUCGGCGAGGAGUUCUACGGGCGGCGCGCUAUGCACAGCAGCUCCAGCAAGUACACCAAGCCCAGGCUCCUGAGCGCCAGCGUGCCAAAGGUCGACCGCGACUGGGAGGAAAACUUCCUCUUCCUCGAGGAAGACUACGUGCCCGGCGAGCUGGCCAACGAGGUGCUCACGCCCGCCGAGAAGGCCCGCAGGGGCAGCAUGAGGGUGACCGACGGAGGGUCGGAGCAGCACUCGGGCGAGAACUCUGCCUCUAAGUACGGCAGCCCGAUUGGCGCAUCCAGUCCGAGCCGGUGGGGACCCCUGUUCGAGCGACAGAAGCAGGAGGACGGCGGCCAGUCAGCCCUCGGCCGGAGCCUUAAGAGCGCCGGUGCCUUUGGCCACGUUGGCAGCCCCCUCCGCAACUCGAGCCUCGCCAACGGCAUCGGCAUGAUCGGCAGCCUGAACGGCAACAGCAGCAGGCCGAGCCUUGCUGGCAGCCGGACCGCCAGCGGCGGGAACGACAGUCUUUCGGCCCUGACCCAGCAGAUCCAGAACACGAGAAUCAACGACGAGAGGACCACGAGCCUGUCGUCUAGCCCACGUCUCCAUCCAGGCAGCGCGGCGAACUCCAGGCAACAGAGUGCCAUCGGGGCGCACCCCAGCACCGGCGCAAUUGGGUCCUCGAACGGCCGGAGCGAGAGAGACCAGCGGGCCCUCGAGAGACACAUCAGCAGCGGGUCCAUUGGUUCCAGCGCCAACGGCAGGUUUACGACCCCGAUCGAUGAGGAGGACCCGAGCUUCGUGUUCAGCAUGGAGGACGACGACGACGGCCAGAAGGCCAGGAAGCGCAUGUCGGGCGGGUUUGGCCUGGGCGGAGGAGGCGGCUGGAGUUAUGCCGCCGCUGCGACGGGCAAGACCUCCGCCGGCGCCAACAAGGGCUCUGUCGUCGAGACCCGCUGAACCAAGCAAGCAAGCCAUCCUCACUGAUGUGAUUGCUCAACACACGGCGAUGCCACGACGCCUCGUGGCCUUCUUUUUGACGAGACACGACAUGACGGGAACGGUCACGGGUUCAUGUCCACCACCUCUACCUGCCUACCUGCCACUACGUCUUUCAACCUGCUUCGGAUUUACGGUUUCUAAGCGGCGCGUGCCGACGCCUGCCAUGGGAUGACGAAUCGAAUGGAGCAUGGAUGGGAUGACUGUGAUGUCUGAGGAGGCUCAACAUUGAAGCCCGGGAGGCAGACCGGGUCAGUCCUUGACGAGUUCAGGUCAAGAUCCGUGAGCCUCAUGGGCCGGCCGUCCACGGCGGAACCCGGUACUCGUGUACAAAACCUGCACCGUGGCCCGCGUCCCGCCUUGUCCAGAAUGAAUAGGGAGAUCCACACCACCAGGUAUGGAAUGUUGGUGACCUACCCGACCUAGGACACAAUGUCGAACCCGGGAAGAGUUUCUAUCUACCCAACAGGCGAAAAAGAAAAAAUCAAAAUAGGGGAGCGCGAAAACAAAAAUACCGGCAUGGAGAUUGGACAACCAAAAGAAACGGCGCGAUACACGAGGGGAAUACGGAUGAGGAUGGACAGACCGGACGGUCUGGGCGUUUCUGAUGAUUUGUUUCGUUCUUCUUCUUCCUCAUUGCGUUUUUUUCUCUUUCUCCUUCCCCUCGCUGCAAUGGCUGGCGAUACACGCACGCAUCACAAACAACAACCCACAAUCCUGGAGUUCAACAACCAACUCUAUGGGCACAUCGCAUCGCGUCUUGACUCACCCACGCCGCCCACAACCAACCGCUACCGGCACCUGUCGCUAAUUAUCUGUCGAUAUCCACCCACCUACCAACCUACCAACCUGCCUGCGUACCUCCUACCAUCCCUGGUCGGCCGAGAGCAGCAAAUCACGGUUAUACCAAGCCACACCAGGCCACGAGGGGGACGCCGUCGCCUUCUGAAUGAUGCUGUCUGUUUCUGAUUCCUCUCUGGGCUUCUUCUUCUCUUCACCCCACCCCGCUCAUCUCAUCUCAUCCAUCUCCUCGGCCUGAGUCUACGCUAUCUACCCAUCUUUGGCUCGGCUGGCUGCCUUGUCUCGGCCUGGCCUGGCCCGGCUCGGGUCGGGUUCUUGUCGUCUCCCCCCCCCCGCCGCCGCCCCACGUACGCAUUCACGCAUAGAACAUGAAAAGUGUCUAGUACGAUUGGUUACCUGGUUUCUUUUGGAUUUCUGUUGUUGUUUUCUAAAUCUUUUUUUUUAUGCUUGCCAGUUCCCGCUUUUUUAUCGUUCCUGUUCUCGUCCGUCUAGCUUUCUGCUUGUUUGUCGUUUUCUUCAUCAUAUCCCAUCCAUCCAUGGCAUGUUGGCGUUUUGUUGUUGUUGUUGUUUUUGUUCCUCUGCGUCAGUCGAUUUUACCCACCCAUGUUGUUACUUGGUUGAUUAAGUAUCUACGGGAGGAAUCGAUAGGCCAGGUACCCUUGAAUGGACCCUCUUGACACUGUUUGGUCUGAUGUCUGACUUGUGUUGGGGGGUGGGGAGGUGUAUGUCUGUCUUUGUAUGUCUGUCUUGAUUGGAUGGAGAAACCAGGCCCCAUCCGGGUGGCAUUUUGGCCUUUUUUGGCUGGCUGGGUGGUUGGAUUGGAUUGGAUACAUACAUACAUAUGUCUGACUUGGGUCGGCUGUCUUUCUUCACCUCUUGAGUUGGAAGGUAGCAGGGUAGUUAGUUAUGAUCAUAGUUGGCCCCUUUUCCUUCUCUCCUGGGGAGGGAGGGGGUGGGGGUUGUGAAUAUGAGUGAGACGGGGGAUUUGAAUGGCUG